CACAGUCAGGGGAAUAAGGAAGACUGAGAUCAGUGAUAUCCAGCACAGCUUGUUAUCCUGCCAUCCACCUGAGACUGUGAGAUGAAGACCCAGCAGCAUCUUCAUGUGGCCACUCCAGUAAGGCAGAGCCUCGCCCUGACUAAAGUAGCAGGGACCUCCAUUUACCUCAAGCUGGAUUCAUCUCAGCCCACAGGAUCCUUCAAGAUCAGAGGCAUCGGACACCUCUGCAAAACAUGGGCAGAGCGAGGAUGUGAGCGGUUUGUCUGCUGUUCAGGAGGAAAUGCCGGUAUGGCAGCAGCUUAUUCUGCCCGUCAGCUCGGGGUACCUGCAACCAUAGUAGUUCCAAGUGUUACACCGAACCCAACAGUGGAGAGGCUGAAGGACGAGGGCGCCACUGUGGUUAUCCACGGCAAGGCUCUGAAUGAAAGCAUUGAAUACGGGCAGCAGCUUGUGGCAAACAACCCCAACUGGAUAUUCAUCUCUCCCUUUGAUGAUCCCCUCAUCUGGGAAGGCCACACAUCUCUGGUGAAGGAGCUGGAGCAAGACUUGAAGGAGAAGCCGGGAGCAAUCGUGUUGUCAGUGGGAGGCGGAGGCCUGCUGAAUGGAGUGGUGGAGGGACUGCGUCGUGCCGACUGGGCUGACGUGCCCAUUGUAGCCAUGGAAACCAUGGGAGCACAUAGCCUCAAUGCAGCAGUGAAAGCUGGGGAGUUGGUCACUCUACCUGAAAUUACCAGUAUUGCAACCACACUGGGCCUGACGAGAGUGUCUGCACAGACUUUUAAACUGUUAGGCAAGCACACAGUUUUCUCAGAAGUAGUCACAGACCAGCAGGCUGUAAAAGCUGUGGAGCGCUUUGUAGAUGACGAGAAGGUCCUGGUGGAGCCUGCCUGUGGUGCUGCCCUGGCAGCCGUGUACAGCGGCAUUAUCAAAAGGCUGCAGGAAGAGGACAAGCUGGCGCAGCGCCUGGGCCCGGUGGUCAUCGUGGUGUGCGGCGGCAACAACAUCAGCAUGGAGCAGCUAUGGAGGCUGAAAAAGCAGCUUGGUGUUAUCUAAGGGGGGCGACUACCUCAGGUCUUCCUGGCCUUUCCCUUAUUCCUCCAUCAGCUGGUCUCAAUCCAUAAACCCUCUCGUUCAUGUGCUCCAUAGACCGAAUCAUUCCAGACUGUGAGACUCUCCUGAGCACUGACGCUGACACAUGUGAGAUUGAGCUACUGGACAGAUUUUUUUAAAAAAAUCCUGUAUUGUGAUGCUGCUCUGGUAGAGAUAGUUUUUGACUGGAGAGACCUCUGUGAAAAAUAAUAGUAAUACACUGACACAUUUAGGCAGUUAUUGUAUUAAGUUUGCUUGAUUGUAUUAGGUUUGCUUGUAUGUUGUUCUUUUGUUUUGUACAUUGAACUGUAUUCUUAAAUUAAUAAAUUAUAUUUCGUAAUAAUAA